ACUAUUGAUUUUCGUGUAAAUGUAUCCUUUUUCUCCAUCUUUGUUCCUUCACGUUUUCAUGCUUCUUUUACUCCUUUUAAUGUUUACAAGAAACAUUUGUAAAGUAUGAUGGUUCACCUAAGAAGACUCUUAUUGUUGAGUGCAACUGUAACAGUAUUUAUAAUAGGUGGAAUAUACUUGAUUAAUAUACAGUCAAUCCCUGGAGGAUACUCUAGUUGGUCUGGAUGGAGUGUAUGCUCAAAAACUUGUGGAGAAGGAUUACAAGGUAAAAUACGAAAGUGCAAUAAUCCUACUCCUGGCCCGCUAGGCAAGCUGUGCUCUGGACCAAAUGUUAUAACAAGAAGGUGUAAAGACGCACCAUGCCCCGUAGAUGGAGGCCCAUCUGACUGGAGUGACUUUGGAAAUUGCAAUAAACCUUGUGGAGGUGGGAUGAGGAAAAGAGUAAGAACUUGUACAAAUCCUAGCCCACUUUUUGGAGGAAAGAAAUGUGAAGGAGCAAUGGAACAAACACAAUCUUGUAAUAUCCACAAGUGCCCAAUACACGGCCGCUUUUCAAAAUGGUCGGAAUUUUCAAAGUGCCAACCAGAUAAUACAAAUUCUGCCAAAAAUUCAAGCGCAUUUUGUGGGCCAGGCGUUAAGAUACGGAGAAGAAUAUGUAAUAGCCCCUCUCCAGCCUUUGGUGGUAAACAAUGUGAGGGAGCUAUGUCAGAAACACACAGUUGCAUUAUUCCAUGUCCAACUACAUUACCACCAGCUACUGAAAAAACUUUUACCAAUGCAAAUAAUACCAAUAAUUCUAAUAUUACGACUGGUUCCACAUGAAAAUCAUGGAGUGUCUUACUACAGCAUACUAGCAUCAUUGCAUUUCUCUUUGAAGAAACCUUGGUAGCAUUUUCAAGUUGUUCAUGUUUUAUAAUUCCUGAUAUGAAUUGCCCUCCGACAUGGAAACUAUCAUUAUGCACAACCAAGAAAUUUGAGAUAACCCACGAAAAAACCAGUUUAUUUGCAUAAGGAGAUUUGGAGUCAAGCACAAACAAUGAGCACAAACAAUGAGCACAGAACAGUUAGAUCAAACAUCUUGAAUCCCAAUUACUGGCAAUCCACACUUUAAAAAGAUGCCUAAGAUUUUGAAGCUAUCUUAUAAAAGUAACUUGUGAACCAUGUUAUAACACAGUUUCACUUUUAAGACUGAAGUGUUGUGUACAAGAGAAGGGAGAAAGAUACUGCCUUCUGUUAUAUGGGAUAACCACAUAUGCAAAAGCAAAUCCUCCCUACCCUCUCCUCCCCUCUCCUCCCUUCCCCUUUCCUCCCCUCUCCUCCCUUCCCCUUUCCUCCCCUCUCCCCCCUCUUCUCUCCUUUCCUUCCCUUCCCUUCCCUUCCCUUCUCUAAAACACAGGUGCCCCAGGAUCCCUCCAACAGGUAUUGCUAUCUACGUAAAAUCAGAAGUUUGGUAAGUGUUUUUAGGAUACUCCCUUAGCUGGAUGCCUGAGCUCACAUAGCAUAGCAUGUAAUUUCCAACGUCCCGUACAUAUUUGUGAUGUGAGUUAAUCAUUCAGUGGGACAAGUUUAAUCUUAUCUUUGGGCUUUGAUCUUUGCUUUAUAUCCUCAGAAAGGAAAUAUAAGAAAUGCUGUGAAAGAGCAAUGUUUAAUCAA